AUGCAGAUGGAGUCUCACACGUUUGGGAAAUGGGACUACGCAGUGUUUGGCGUCAUGGUUGCCGUUUCGUAUAUCGAGGGUCGCUUCAAGUCUAGAGUUCUCAGUCUCAUCCUGAUGGGAGCGUCUUGUGUGGAGAAUGGUGGCCUGAAAGCGGUGAUAUGGACAGAUGUUCUCCAGUACAUCAUUAUGUUUGCUGGGGUACUAGCUGUUAUAAUAAAGGCAACCAUUGAGGUAGGAGGAGUGCAGGAGAUAUGGAACAGGGUACUUUCAGGAGGAAGGCUUGUGUUCAUAUUUGACCUUGACCCCACAAUCCGACACACCGUGUGGAACUUGGGAGUUGCCAGGGUAUUUGUUGGGAUGGGUUUACUUUUCCAGCCCGCUUAUCUACAGCGUAUUGCCGCCACGAAGUCACUCACUGAAGCAAGGAGAGCGGUGCUGGUAGGGCUAUUCUGUAGUCCUAUCUUUGGAAUCCUUUGCGUCCUUAUUGGUCUUGUGGCAUAUGGUUACUAUGACUACAAGAGAUGCGACCCUAUAUCGUCCAAUCAAAUCGACAAUAUUAAUCAGGUAUUACCAUUCUUGACACUUGACAUAUUUCGGAACCUGCCAGGAAUGUCGGGACUAUUUCUUGCAUCACUCUACAGUGCGUCUCUCAGCUCAUUAUCUUCAGGACUGUCAGCCUUCGCUAACAUAACAUGGGAAGAGUUUAUUUACAGCGCCAAUGCAGUCAUAGCUGGUCCAAUGGUCAGCCUUUUCUACCUCGGUGCCAUGUUCCCAUUUGUCAAUACAAGAAGCGCCAUUUUUGCGCUCCUGGUUGGGGUCAGCUUCCUGACGUGGCUGGUGGUCGGCGCAAGUGUUUCCCCAGGGGUGAGGCAGACGCCCCCUCUUCCCCCUGCCCCGACAGAUCACUGCCCGAGUGUCAACCUCACAACUGAAGUGCCCAUCACAACACCAAACUCACCCGAUGAUGAUCCACAUCAAUAUACUGGUUAUUUAGAAUUACUUUCUAUCAGGUCAGGUCUCGACGCCUUCUACAGCCUCUCUUACACGCUGUAUUAUGUGUUUGGGUUCCUCAUCGUGCAGGUGGUGGGCGUUGCCCUCAGUCUAGCCACAGGUGGAAACAAGGAUGGAGUUAACCCCAUCUACGUGAGAAAGUUCUGUUGGAGGCGGGAACUGGAAGAAGAAUAUAUGGUGACAGGAAGAAGGUUAACACACACAUCAGAUGCAACGAUUGAAGGACGCAGUAGUUCAAGAGAUGGACAACAAACAGAAUCCUUCAUCAGAAGUUGA